GUGUAUUGUGUCAUAGUCAUAUCUAUUAUUUUGUGUUUGUGUCGUUUGUGGUUAAUUUAUUUUCACUUGUUAAAACGAUAAGAGAAGCUCAUAAAUCGAAAAAUGCUUAUAAAGAUAACAAAAUAAUUUACAAAUUCGUCCAUUUCCUGUCCAUAAAAAAUCUUUAUUGAAACAAAGCCUUUCGAAACAGUACCAAGGCCGUUGUCUAUUUACCAAAAAAAAAACGACCUUGUUCUGCAAAAAUAAACCAUUUUUACCAGGAAAAACGAGAGCUGUACUUUUACUUUAAGAGUUAUGUGAUACCGUUGUAGGAUGUAGCUUAUUGAAUUUAUAGUCAGGUGAAAAUGAGAUCGAAGAUAAUGUUCAAGUGCUUGUAGACUGUGGAAAAAUUAUGACUACCACAUUUAUUGGUAAUAUGUCAGUGCCAUGACUGAAGACAUCAGUAAGCCGCCCCCGAAGCAAUACGACUACCUCUUGAAGUUCCUGUUGGUAGGUGAUAGUGAUGUCGGAAAGCAAGAAAUUUUAUCAGAACUCGACGAUGGUUCGUCAGAAAGUCCGUUUUGUGGACACAGUGGUAAGUCUUACAAGACGACAACUAUUCUCUUGGAUGGGAAACGGGUGAAACUACAGCUGUGGGAUACAUCUGGACAAGGCCGCUUUUGUACUAUAAUUCGCAGCUACUCAAGAGGUGCACAAGGUGUUCUCUUAGUCUAUGACAUCACCAACCCCUGGUCAUUCGAUGGGUUGGACCGGUGGUUGAAAGAGGUAGAUGAACAUGCGCCAGGCGUGCCGAAAGUUCUAGUGGGAAACAGGCUGCACUUGGCUUUCAACAGGAAGGUCGGACAGAGGGACGCACAAAUAUAUGCUAACAAGCACAGCAUGGCAUUUUUUGAGGUAUCGCCUCUGUGCAACUUCAACAUACACGAGAGUUUUUGUGAACUGUCCAGGAUGGCUCUUCAGAGGAAUGGCAUGGAAAGGCUGUGGAGAUCUAAUAAAGUACUGACUCUUCAAGAACUGUGCUGCCGAGCAAUUGUAGCCCGAACAACCGUUUACAGCAUAGAGCAGCUACCCCUACCGACGUGCGUCAAGUCUAACCUCAAGUCGUACGCGCUUACAACAUCGUCCACCCAGUGGAGGUACACCAUCAACCAGAAGAAGGGGCGGAAGCUGCGUUUCCCGAGUACCCCCACCACUCCUGGCUCAGGAGCUGAUAAUCAAAGCUGUGUGCCUCGAAACACUUGCGUUGUGUCUUGACAGACCCUGACAGUUAUGAGUAAGUGUUGUUGAACAGUAAGUUGGAGAGAGCAAGAAGUUGUGACUUAAUUUAUAUACCUGUAUUGUUGUGGAAUGUUUCGAUUUGCGAUAAAGAUUUGUGUAUA